CGACGCGCUAGCUAGUUCUAUUGCCGCACCCCAGAUCUCCAGGAGGGACUCGUUCGUUCAGCUAACUACACUGCACGCAAUGGCCACCACGGCGACCGAGGCGGCGCCGGCGCAGGAGCAGCAGGCCAACGGCAACGGCGAGCAGAAGACGCGGCACUCCGAGGUCGGCCACAAGAGCCUGCUCAAGAGCGACGACCUCUACCAGUACAUCCUGGACACGAGCGUGUACCCGCGGGAGCCGGAGAGCAUGAAGGAGCUCCGCGAGAUCACCGCCAAGCACCCAUGGAACCUGAUGACGACCUCCGCCGACGAGGGGCAGUUCCUGAACAUGCUCAUCAAGCUCAUCGGCGCCAAGAAGACCAUGGAGAUCGGCGUCUACACCGGCUACUCCCUCCUCGCCACGGCGCUCGCCCUCCCGGAGGACGGCACGAUCUUGGCCAUGGACAUCAACCGCGAGAACUACGAGCUGGGCCUGCCCUGCAUCGAGAAGGCCGGCGUCGCCCACAAGAUCGACUUCCGCGAGGGUCCCGCGCUCCCCGUCCUCGACGACCUCAUCGCGGAGGAGAAGAACCACGGGUCGUUCGACUUCGUCUUCGUGGACGCCGACAAGGACAACUACCUCAACUACCACGAGCGGCUGCUGAAGCUGGUGAAGCUGGGCGGCCUCAUCGGCUACGACAACACGCUGUGGAACGGCUCCGUCGUGCUCCCCGACGACGCGCCCAUGCGCAAGUACAUCCGCUUCUACCGCGACUUCGUGCUCGUCCUCAACAAGGCGCUCGCCGCCGACGACCGCGUCGAGAUCUGCCAGCUCCCCGUCGGCGACGGCGUCACCCUCUGCCGCCGCGUCAAGUGAAAACAUGGCCUGGCCUGGCCUGCCCCACCACCGCCACCGACGGCGCCGCCGGCCGCAUCCUCAUUCCAAUCAUAAUAGACGACCCGCAGCAUUAAUUAUCCACCGGCUUUUUUUUUGGCUCUUUCUUGCCCCUGUAAUCUUUCUCCUCCUCUUCCUUCUUGGGAAUUGUCGCCGCCGUUUCGAUACGUAAAUC